AUGGGUCUUUUAAGAAAUAAAGGGAUAAUUUUAAGUGACAUUCAGGAAAAUGAAAAUCGAUGUUUGUUCCAAGAUAGCCGGGAUGAAAUUCAUAUACUUUUGGGGGCAGAUAAUGUUGCACAGCUGUUCACUGAAAGAAUAGAGCAUUUCCCAGAUGUUGGCAUAGCAGCAUUUGAGACUAAGAUAGGCUGGACGUUAAUGGGGAAAAGAAGUGACACUGAUAUUUUGGAUAGCACAUUUUCAGGCCUCUCCUUAUCUUUACAUGUUUCUGACGCGAAAUUGUCGGAAUUAUGGCGUUUAGACACAAUAGGCAUUUCUAGUGAGGAAAACAAAACUAAAAGUAUGUUAGAAGAAGAGACUCAAAAACAUUUCUUAGAAACUGUAAAACGAGACAAUACCGGAAGCACUUGGAUUAAGAAAUUGGAUUUACUACCGAAAAUAGAAAUCCCUCGUUGGCUCAAUAUAGACUACCAAAAUGAAUACACUACAACACUACAUGUUUUUUCUGAUGCGAGUAAACAAGCUUUCGCCACUUGUGCAUUUUUGAGAACUGAAAAUAAAGAAGGUGUUCAAGUACAGCUAGUAAAUGCUAGAAGUCGAGUUGCACCGAUUAAAGAAAUGACAAUACCACGAUUAGAACUCCUAUCAUGUCUGAUUGGAGCCAGACUUGCUAAAAGCAUCUUAACAGACUUAAGACUUGAGUAUUGUAAAACAAUAUUCUGGAGUGACUCAUCCACAGCUCUAGGAUGGAUAAGAAGAGAUCAAGCGUGGGGAACAUUUGUUCACAAUAGAGUCCAGGAAAUAAGAACUUUAACGAAAAUUUCUGAUUGGAGGCACGUACCAGGAAAGUACAACCCAGCAGACCUGCCUUCCCGUGGAUGUUCUUUUGAGCAGUUAUUGGAAUCAAGAUGGUGGGAGGGUCCCACAUGGCUUUAUCUACCAGAAAAAGAAUGGCCUCAUGCAGAAGAACAACCCGAUGAAGAUGUUCUAAAUAAAGAAAAGAGGAAAUCUAUACUUACUCUGAUUGAUAACGAAGAUGAGGGUCACGAUUGGUACUAUAAAUAUUUCUCGUCUUAUAAGAAGAUUGUUAGAAUGAUUGCCUGGAUUUUCCGAUUUUAUAAAAACUCAAGAAAAAUAGAAAGAAAUUCCUCAGAAAACCUAUCUGUGUCCGAAAUUGAAAGAGCUGAAAAAGCAAUUUAUCGUUUGAUACAAAAGGACGCUUUUUCCAAUAAAACUGAUUUAAAUUUUCGUACUCUCAGAACCAUUGAAACAGAAGAAGGAAUUUUUAGAGUGAAGACAAAUAUAAUUCAAAGGAAAGAUAAAGAAUGUUUUCUAUAUCCUGUGCUUUUACCCUCCAAUCAUCCAGUGGUACACCGUUUAAUAAUUGAAAAACACAUCGAACAUCAACAUGCAGGAGUAACAACACUUAUGUCACUUCUAAGAGAAAACUUUUGGAUUUUAAAGUCAAGGAAGACCAUACGUAACAUCAUAAGAAAGUGCAUUAUAUGUCAAAGAUUCGAUAAGCGAAAACUAGAAGUAUUACCAGGGAUUCCACCAGAAGAUAGAGUCCGAGACGCAGCGGUAUUUGAAGUCAUCGGUAUUGACUUGGCAGGACCACUGUUUCUUCGUGAUGGCUCCAAAUCGUGGAUUGUGUUAUUAACCUGUGCGAUAUACCGUGCAUUACACCUGGAACUGAUAACAUCUCUGUCGACAGAAGCCUUCAUCCAAUCCCUGAGGAGGUUUAUUUCAAGAAGAGGCAGGCCAUUCAUCAUCUAUUCUGACAAUGGCACCAAUUUCCUAGGAACGCAGAGAGCACUCAUGAACAUCGAUUGGCAGACAGUGCAAAAUAUGACAACUGCUCAAAAGAUACGUUGGAGAUUUAACCCCCCUUCCGCCGCACGGUGGGGUGGAUGGUGGGAGAGACUAGUUAGAAUGGUUAAACAAGUCUUAAGAAAAGUUCUGGGUCAUGCUGCCCUGAACUAUGAAGAACUUAAUACAAUANGAACUAGUAAGAACUUACCUUUACGAAAAUUUAAG